AUGCCAGGCCUACCGUCAAGCGUGGACCUCGAUGAGUGCAUCUCGCGACUUUCGAAGAAGGAACUAUUAGCCGAGUCUGUGGUGGAGGCGAUAUGUGCCAAAACGAAGGAGCUGCUCAUGAAGGAGAGCAAUGUGGUACACAUCAGAGCGCCUGUCACUGUUGUCGGCGACAUUCACGGCCAAUUUUUUGAUAUGAUGGAGAUUUUCAAGAUUGGCGGGCCCUGUCCGGACACGAAUUAUCUUUUUUUGGGAGACUACGUGGACCGCGGUCUCUUCUCUGUCGAGACCAUCUCUUUACUAGUCUGUCUCAAGUUGCGCUACCCUCACCGAGUACACCUCAUCCGUGGCAACCACGAGUCCCGCGGCGUAACACAAUCGUACGGCUUCUACACCGAGUGCUCUCGAAAGUACGGCAACGCAAGCGUUUGGCACUACUUCACCGACAUGUUCGAUUUCCUCACAUUAUCCGUCGUGAUCAACGACCAGAUAUUCUGUGUCCAUGGUGGUCUUUCCCCCUCUAUCCACUCUAUCGACCAGAUUAAGAUCAUCGACCGCUUUCGUGAGAUACCCCACGAAGGACCCAUGGCCGAUCUUGUCUGGAGCGACCCUGAUCCUGAACGAGACGAGUUCUCACUCAGCCCCAGAGGGGCGGGGUAUACGUUUGGUGCACAAGUGGUUAAGAAGUUUUUGGAGGUCAACGCCAUGUCGCACAUCCUGCGAGCACACCAGCUCUGUCAGGAAGGCUUCCAAGUCCUCUAUGAUGACAGACUCAGUACCGUUUGGAGUGCACCGAAUUACUGUUAUCGAUGUGGCAAUAUGGCCAGUGUCUUGGAGGUCAGCGAUACGGGUGAACGCUUUUUCAACGUCUUCGACGCAAGUCCAGAUAACGACGUUCACCGAGCCGAGCAGCAGCAGCAACAAGGGAAAGAGGUGACGACCGAGUACUUCCUAUGA